AUGUAUUAUAUUUCAUCUCUUUCAAAUCAAGAACUUUAAUAUUAAAUUGAAAACUUUUCUUAUAUGAAAUAAAUCAAAUAUAUUAAUUAAUUAAUUAAUAAAUAUCUGAAUUAUAUAAAAAAGAACAUUUAACUAAUUUUUGUUUUAAUCAAUUCAAGAACAUACAUUUCUGGGUAUUUUUAACAACAAAAGGGACUCUAAUGUUGCAAAGAAGCACAUCUGAAACAAUUAAAAUAAAUUUGUUUUUAUAAAUAUCAUUUCUUCUAAACUAACUUGUUUAAGAAAUUAUUGUGUUUGUACAAUUAUUUCACCUAAGAAAAUUUAGGUAACAAUAAAUUUUUAGAUCAAUUUUAAAUUGCUGCAUUAAUUCUAUAAUAUCUUUUUGUUAUGAAAGAAUCAAAUUAAAAAAGUUAUUCUUUUAUACAAUAAUUCAAGCUUAAAUCAAAAAUUUUUAAUACGAUUAGAGAAAUAGUACAAAAAGCAAACUAAAUUAAAAUCAUAUUCAGUUUUUCAAAUGAUGAUUAUUCUGAUUUAAUUACAGAAAUUUCAUUCAAAAAAUUUGGCAGAGCAUUAUAAAAUUCUUUUGAAAUAACUCCUUUAGAAAUAUUUAGUGGAUCAGAAUUGCAUUUAAAUUACAACUUAAUUUGUUUUAAACUAAUUAUUAGUGAGAAUUUUAUUGAUCUUUUGAGGUAUGAUUAAGUUUAUUGA